UAUAAGUGUGAGCAAACGAUUGAACAUAGCACAGUCUUCAUCCAGGUAUCGUAUAGAAAAACUCCUGCUCAUGAAGAAUCUCUCCAUCCUUGCCAUGGCAUGUGGUUGCCAGAUCUGGGUUCUCUGCACUGCACUGGGGCAUCUCCUGGCUCUGUCUUCAGGUCUGGCAACCCCACGGAUCUCCUUUCCUCUUGGAAGUCCAAACCGACCCCUCCAGGACUUCCAAAUAGAGGACAUCAGUAACGCCGUAACUUUGUUGCUUAGCAAAGAUGAGUCCACUCUCUUUGUGGGAGCGAGAGAUGCCGUGCUGUCACUGGAUGUCAGUCAGCCUGGUGUCUUUACCAUGAAAACCAAGAUGGAAUGGAAGCCAACCCCUAGAGAUCUUCAAAUGUGUUACCAGAAAGCCAGGAGUGAGCUAGACUGUCAGAACCUGGUUCGGGUGUUGCAGCAUAUCAACACCACCCACUUGUAUGCCUGUGGAAGCUAUGCCUACAAUCCUCAUGACACAUACAUUGUUAAAGACAGUCUCACUAUGGUCAAAGUCCCACACAAUUCUAAUGGUGAGGCCAGAGGACGCUGCCCUUUCAACCCGUUCCAAAGAAGCACAGCCAUUACAAUUGACGGUGAGCUUUUCACUGGGACCACCUCGGAUUUCUGGGGUAAAAAGGCUGUCAUUUCCCGCCAUCUCAGUAAAGACGGUCGUCCAGAUGUUAACCUGGAUAAGGAUACCUCAAUAAAGUUGUUGGAUGAACCAACGUUUGUCGGCGCCUUGACAGAUCCCGCAGACAGAAAGGUUUACUUUUUCUUCAGCGAAGUGGGAAAGGAGUACAGCUUCCCCGAUGAGCUCAGAGUCUCACGUGUGGCCCAGGUUUGCAAGGGUGACAUUGGUGGGAUAAGAACCCUCCAAAAAAGCUGGACUUCCUUUGCAAAAGCCCAACUGCUUUGUCAACCUCCCAAAGAUCUGCCCUUCGGCCUAAUCCAGGACAUAGCCCGUCUCCAGCCAGCAGAGGGUGCUUCCACCCAAGAAAUGCUGUUCUAUGGCCUCUUCACAUCCCAGUGGUCACCCAACAAGUCUGCUGUGUGUGUCUUUGGGAUUAAGAAAAUUAAGGCUGUGUUCAAUGGGAUUUAUAAAGAAUUCAACAAGGAAUCCCAUCAAUGGAAUCCUUCUGGAAAAAAUUAUAACCUGGGCAGGUGUGGUUUGAGGAAUGCGUCCGACUCUGUUCUGACAAUGGCCAGGUUAAGUUUCCUGGCCAGUGACGCUGUGACACCUGUAGGUGGCGCUCCAGUCCUCGUCUUCCCUGACCAGCACUACAGCAGGGUCGCUGUCCUGAGGACACAGGCGGCUAAUGGCAAAGACUACACAGUCCUCUUCCUACUCAGUGAAUCUGGAUGGCUCCACAAAAUCGUUCUCCUGGAUGGGGGUCACCACAUCAUAGAGGAGAUUCAAGUAUUCAGACAACCACAGCCAAUGGCUAAUAUCCUGCUUUCUACCGCCAAGGGUGUCGUUUUUGUGGGCACAUCGGAAAGGGUAACAAAGGUGUCCGUAACCCAGUGUCCAUUAUAUACGAGUUGUGCCCAGUGUGUUCUGGCACGGGAUCCCUUCUGUGGCUGGGACCAUGCCAGUGGAGUCUGUGCCAGGGUGUCCACUAGUCUUCAUUUUGGUCAGGACGUAGAGCAUGGUAACGUGAGCAAAGAAUGUGGAAACUACGACAGAACAAUGCCGGAUACUGAGAAAAAGUAUCUCUCAAUCAAUGCAAGAGUACGCCUGGACUGUUCCAAACCCACCAACCUGGCAACCCUAAUCUGGAAAUCCCCCAAAUGGGACACUCUGCCGCAGGAUCUCUUCUUCCAGUCCAGGGAAGGGAGUCUUGUCUUCUUUGCCACCUAUGACACUGAGGGAACCUACCACUGUGUGUCUGUGGAGAGGGGCUUCCAGGAGACCAUAGCGAACUACAUUGUGAGUCUGAGUGCCUCUCCACGUAGCAUUGCCCCACAGCCUGUGCAAACACGGACCACUUCAAGUGACAACAUUCAAAGUAAGACAUCAUCAGAACAAGAGAACUCAAUGAAUCAGGAACAUGCGAACACCAUGAUGGACAUUGAUGAGGUUGAUGAAAACAUCAACUUGGAAGAAGUGUUGAACCCCAUCACUCCUGUGCCAACACCACAUUUACCGUACACACAGACAGACUCAACUACCCCCAGCAAGGCCCCAGACACACAAACACACAGAAGCAGCAUAAUUCAAAGUUUUAAUGAACCCCAAAUGGCUAAGAGUUAUCAUAGCGAGUUAAUUGCAGUUUCCUUCCUGCUGGCUGUGUGUGUCUGCGUGUUUGUACUGGCAGGGCUCUAUGGGUGGCGCCAGCGGAGAACAUUUAAAUUAGGUGACCAGGUCAAAUCUGAGGGAGAGAGUCUUAGUUUCGAGGUCUCUGGAGUCAAACCGACAACGUACCAAUUUGAUAAUGUAAGCAACAAUGCAGAACAUGCCGGGGAGAUCAGUGACGUGCGGUGAGGUUCGUGGCUGGCGAGGCACUGACUCUUUCAAAGACAGAUUUACAAAUAUAUGAAUUCAACAAAGCACCAUCAAUUCAUUGAAGAAAGGGAUAUCCUUAGUUUUUUCAUUCAUCCAAUAUUUUGCAUAAUAAUACAUAAAUGUAUUAUUGUUAUUCAGUGAAAUUAGGGAUUUAUUACAGGCAUGCAAACUCCUCACCUUUAGGUGAGACUCACCUUUUUGAAACCAAAAUGGGUAACCUAGGUGAUUUUUUUUUUGGGGGGGGGGGCUUUCCAACUGGGUCUGGAACCAAUCGUCACUCCUAAUGCCUAAACCUCACAGCCAAUCAGAGGCAGAGUGGGGAGAGGUUUACAGACCCAUUUUACAUCAUCUAGUAGAAACAAUUUUAAUACAAUAUUAAAAAUGAUGCCUAUUGGAUGUGUGUUAGCUUUACAGUAAGUGAUGCUUUUGACCUUUGCUUUUUAAGUAGUUCAACACAGGUAAUCCCAUUUGUUUAAUAAUUGUUUUUUAUGAUGUAUGAUAUACAAAAAAUUUCUUUAUGGUUAAAAGAACAUGACAUUGUUUACCAGAGCACAGAUUCUACAUAGAUCUAGCCUCUUUAUUUUUCUCUCAAAGUGCACCAGAUUAAUGUGUUUAACUUUAAAAUGUAAUACAUUUUCUUCUGGGGGAGCAUGCCCCCGGACCCCCCGGGUCAGGGUUCACCGUAUCCUUCUCACCUUUUUUUUUUUACCCCUGACCUGUUUGCAUGCCUGUUAUUAGCAAGGGGUUUAGCACUUUUGCAAGGCACUGUAUUCAUGCCACAUUCUCAUUGGGGGCUGAGCACCCCUAAAUGUCUGAUCCUAGAAUCGCCCCUGGCGGGGUAUAUAGCAGGGUAUCCCGGCAUAUGCAUUGCUAGUGCGACACAGACGUCAGUCAUCCUGUUGGGUGCGGCAGGGAGCCGAUGCAAGCAGAACCAUUAUGCCAAAUCAUGUAUUACAAUCAUGUAUUAAUAAAGUA